AGCGAGCGACGGGGAAGUAGGGGAAGCUGGAAGAUUAAAAAAAACCAAAACUCGCUGCACCUGGAGUCGGAUGAUGACGAAACUGCUUCAGUGGCUCGGCUCUCUGGCUCUCCUGGGUGGCGUCUGGGCUGCGCUGAUGCUGGAUCUCGUGGGGUCCCACCCCUUGUCUCCAAGCUGGCACCAGGUGCUGUGGGCCCUGCCGACCUACCUAUUGGUGACCUUCGGCUGCUACUCGCUGGGAGUCGUGGGCUACCGCCUGGCUACCUUCAACGACUGCCAGGAGGCCUCACUCGAGCUUCAGGCCCAAAUCCGAGAGGCCAGAGCCGACCUCGCCCAACAUGGCAUGAAGUUUUGACCUGGCACCCUUGGGGGAGCAGAAAUGACCCAUGGACAGUAAACAGCGUAUGACUGAACUGUUUGAGGGUGCAGCCUGGCUCGGGGAGCCCGUGUCAAAGAAAAAGAGUUGCUUCUUGUUUAAAAAAAAAUAAAUAAAUGAAGUUUUUAUUAAAUGUU